GCUCGGUACAGUUGUACACUCUGAGCCGUGGAUCAUUUUGUUGACAAAGUGUAGACAUGAGUGAAUGAACUCCUACUAUCGGAAGAAGACAGUGCUGGAUGCCUUGUAGACGACACGGCACUUCAUACACCUCCACAGGACCUUUUAACUUAGCAGGUCCAUCCCGGGGAUCAUUGGAUGGGAUUGAUCAGGCGUGACAGCACUCCCUGUCUGUAAUGCCAUAACACUCAUAGCUUUCUACAGAGCUGCUGAUCAUCUCCUGGAUGUGUACUGGACGACUCCUCUUCUUAUCUAGAAGACAACUUUUGUCUCCCUUGAUUUCAUUUUCAGCUGACAUAACAGGUUAGUUUUCAAGAAAGUGCCAUAUAACCUACCAUGAAAGGGAAACAUCACAAAUGUCCCGGCAGAUGGGUUAAACCACAGCAUUCUUCCGCAAUGCUAUCAGUGCUUUUACUAAUGCUCCUGCCAGCAACUGACAGCUUGAAACAGAAUAUUCCGCGACUUAAGCUCUCCUACAAAGAUCUACUCCUGUCCAACAGCUGUAUUCCAUUGGUGGAUUCUGCCACCGAAGGUCUGGAGUCACAAACUUUGCUGCUUGAUGAAGAGAGGGGAAGGCUGCUAGUUGGAGCUAAAGAUCACAUCUAUCUACUCAAUCUGGUUGAUUUAAACAAAAAUAUAAGGAAGAUUUACUGGCCUGCCGCUAAAGAAAGAGUAGAAUUUUGCAAACUUGCUGGGAAAGAUGUCAAUACAGAAUGUGCAAAUUUCAUCAAAGUACUUCAUCACUAUAACAGGACACAUGCUUAUACUUGUGGUACUGGAGCGUUUCACCCUCUGUGUGGAUUUGUUGAGCUUGGAAGUCCUAAAGAGGAAAUAAUCUUCAAGCUAGACACGCAAUACCUGGAGUCUGGAAGGCUGAAAUGUCCCUUUGAUCCUGAACCACCAUUCGCUUCAAUAAUGACAGAUGAAUAUCUGUUUGCUGGAACGUCUUCAGAUUUCCUUGGAAAAGAAACAACAUUCACUCGUUCCUUAGGACCACCGCAUCACCAUCACUUCAUCAGAACAGAUAUCUCUGAUCACUAUUGGCUUAAUGGGGCAAAGUUCUUUGGGGCCUAUUCUAUUCCUGACACAUACAAUCCAGAUGACGACAAGAUAUACUUCUUUUUCCGAGAAGUGUCUCCUGAGGGCAGUUCUUCUGAAAAAACAAUAUUUUCUCGAGUCGGAAGAGUCUGUAAGAAUGACAUUGGAGGCCAGCGCAGUUUGAUUAAUAAAUGGACGACAUUUCUUAAAGCGCGUUUGGUGUGCUCAAUUCCUGGACCAGAUGGAGGAGACACAUAUUUUGAUGAACUGCAAGAUGUAUUCUUGCUUCCCACUAAAGAUGAAAGAAACCCAGUUGUCUAUGGCAUCUUCACUACUACAAGCUCAAUAUUUAAAGCAUCUGCUGUAUGUGUCUAUAGUAUGGCUGAUAUAAGAGGUGUGUUCAAUGGUCCAUAUGCUCAUAAGGAAAGUCCAGAUCAUAGAUGGGUACAAUAUGAAGGACGGAUGCCUUAUCCACGGCCUGGUACAUGUCCAAGCAAAACCUAUGAUCCUGUGAUAAAAUCAACUAAAGAUUUUCCAGAUGACGUCAUUAGUUUCGUGAAGAGCCAUCCCCUUAUGUACAAAUCGGUAUAUCCCCUUCACGGUAGGCCUGUGUUUACCAGGCUUAAUGUGGACUACAAACUGACACAAAUUGCAGUUGACCAUGUCGCAGCAGAAGACGGACAGUAUGAUGUUAUGUUUCUGGGGACAGAUAUUGGAACAAUCCUUAAAGUUAUUAGUGUUACAAAAGAUAUUUGGAACAUGGAAGAAGUUUUACUGGAAGAACUGCAAGUAUUUAUGCAACCAUCUCCUAUUACAAACAUAGAGUUAUCACUUAAACAGCAACAGUUAUACAUUACAUCAAAGAAAGGCCUAGUCCAGCUGUCAUUGCACCGUUGUGACACCUAUGGUAAAGCAUGUACAGACUGCUGCCUUGCAAGAGACCCAUACUGUGCCUGGGAUGGAAAUGCCUGCUCAAGAUACAUACCAACAUCAAAAAGACGUGCAAGAAGACAGGAUGUAAAAAAUGGAGAUCCAUCAACGCAAUGCUGGGAUGUCGAUGACAGUACAACCCGGGAAACUUCAGAGGAAAAAGUGAUUUUUGGCAUUGAGUUCAAUUCUACUUUUCUGGAAUGUAUUCCAAAAUCCCAACAAGCAUCUAUAAGGUGGUUUAUUCAGCACACAGGAGAGGAACACCAGGAAGAGAUCACACCUGAUGAAAGGAUCAUUAAAACUGAAUAUGGACUCCUGAUACGCAGUUUACAGAAAAAAGACUCAGGAAUAUACUACUGCAAAGCACAAGAACAUACAUUCAAUCACACUAUUGUAAAGCUUGUUGUAAAAGUGAUAGAGAACGAGCAGAUGGAGAAUACACAGAAAAUGGAGGAGGAUGAGGGAAAAGGCAAAGAUUUAAUAACAGAGUCAAGGCUGAGAUACAAAGAUUAUUUGCAGCUUCUUAGCAGUCCCACUUUCAGCUUGGAUGAGUACUGUGAGCAGAUGUGGCACAAAGAAAAGAAGAGACAACGCAAUAAAGGUGGCGCCAAAUGGAAACAUGUCCAAGAGAUUAAAAAGAACCGAAACAGAAGACACCAUGAGCAAAGGGAAAAACAUGAAAGGAUUCUGUCUGCAUAGAAGGAGAAGACAUCAUGGCAUAAGCAUAGGCGGAAGCACGCUAGGGUAUCUACAUAGACAGGACUAUCUGUUGCCAAGGACAUAUGCAUAUUGGACACUUCUUCUAUUAAUAAUUCUUUUUACUAAAUGUGAGUGGAAAACUCAAAAGACAAAGUAGUACCAAGAAUACCAUAAAAAAGUGAAUCCGGUUCACAUUUGUUUGUAUUACAGCUUUUGGAUACGAGGGGUUUAAACAUAUUAUUUUUGUGUAGUGUUAUGUUUUGUAUGUAGUUUCAUUACCUGGGUUAAGUUAAUGAUUGGUCAUUCUUUUUAUUUAUUAAACUAAGCUAUUUUAGGUGUUGCAUUCAUUUCUUUUUUUGUAAGUUAUAAAUAGGUAUUGGAACUUUUUCUUCUUAUUUUUAUUAUUUCUAAGUCUUAUACACUAGAAUAACGCGCACAAUUUCUAUUUGGAAAAAAGUCUUUGGCAACCAUUUGUGCAAAUGAACAUUUCCAAACUUAUUUAUGAGUCAGAAUAUUAAAACACUUGUUACAAGUUAUUUCAAUACACCUGGACAAGAUAAUAGUAAAAAGUAUAGUACCUAAAUGCCACAAAUCAACUUGUGUAUUUUGUUGCAUUUCCAAAUGCUAUGAAAUAGGGGUAGUAGAAAUGAGUUAGAAGCUUUUGAUAAGUUUACAUUGUCUUAUGAUAAACUGUAAGGCAUUUGCCUGCAUUUAAACAUUUCUUACCGUGUCAAAAGAUGGAAUAUAGCGGUCAGAUGUCAUAUCUAAUAGUUGCACAUCACAUAUACAUAUAAAAGGAGAGUAUUCAAAUUUAUCGACGUACAACAUGGCAUAGUAUUGUAUCCUUGUCAAUAUGGUAAUAUUGUUAGCAAGUGAUCAGUUUUUCUCUUAUAUCCUUUUCUUUAUAAAAAUAUUCACACCUGUUUACAAAGCUACACACAAUAUGUGGAUGGGUUUAAAUUUGCAUUGAUAUAAAAUUAUUAAUGAUUUUUUUAUCCUGGUAUUUUUGUAACGAAGAUACGAGGACAUUACUCUUAUAGAGACAAAAUUACAAAAAUGAUGUAGCCCCAGAAACAUUAUACGGCUUCUAAUCUCAUGUUAACAAGUAGUCCACCUUUGGGCUUUUAAUAUUGUAGCUUUGGACUGUCCAAAGUAUUAUGGGGCAGGAGUUCAAGAGAUCCUACUGGUCACUAUUGAUCAAUUCUAGGGAUCAUCUUUUAAAAUGUAUAAGCCAUGAUUCAAUAGAGUUUCAAAUAGUAAUAAUCCAAGCACUGUUUUAAAAUUGGCCAUGAUUGUGUUACGGAAAAGCAUAGAACGCAAACCAAAUAUGAUGGUAGCUUUUAAAUCUAUGUAUGUUUUGUUUUACGAAGACAAUCAAUUUAUAUUUUGUUUCUAAACAAUAGUACAAUUGUGUUUAAACUCAUUUUGAAACACUGAGUUAUUUUAAUGUUGCGUAGAGGAGAACAGAAAAGAUUUCCUAACAAUUAAAGAAUUGUUUACGUUCGUCUUAAUACAGUUUGGAAACAAUUGGAUGGUUUAAUGUUUGUAAAUAGAUAACUUGCUAUUAAAUGUUAACAUGCUGACUCUGUGCUUUUGUUAACUCUAUGGAUGAUUUAUAAUGAUGCAUAAAAAUCACCAGUGACCAGUUCAAAA